CCACAUCUGCAGCUCCCCUGUUCCCAAAUAGCAAAUAGCCAUCCGUUCUCCGGCGUUCUCUCUGGUAGUUUCAGUUUCAGCUUUGUCACCACAUACAGAAGGAAAAAAAUGGGAACGGCGAAACAAAAGCGAUAGUUGCCUGCAGAGAAACCAAACAAAAAAAGAAAACCCCUUUCCUUUUUUCUCCAUUGUCACUCUAUUCCCACCUGCUAACCCUUUUCAUUUCACACACCCCCAGCUCUGCUUCUUCGCCAUUUUCGGUUGCCCUGUCUCAGCCAUGGACCGCCACCAGCGGUUUCCUCCGCCCACCGCCGCCGCCGAUGCGAAUGCUUCUGCUGCAACCGCCGCCGCCGCCUCCGGUUCGUCCGGCAGAGGAAGCAUUGCCGAGAGGAGGGCUGCCACAUGCGGCUUCAAAGCCGAGAGGAUCAAUUCUCCCCGCUUCCGCACCACCGCCAGUCCCUUGGAUUCCCCUGCCGCCCACUCUCCUUGCAUUACCAUUCCCGCCGGUAUUAGCCCCACCGCCCUUCUUGAUUCCCCGGUUUUGCUCCCAAAUUCGCAGCCUUCUCCAACAACUGGAAGUUUUCCAACAACCUUUCUCACUUACGAAAGUGGGACACUCAAUGGCGAUAUGGACCUAGUUGGUAGUGGUGAAUCCUCUUUCAGACUCAAACAUCAUGGAGAUCAUGACUCCCAACAAAGAUUGUCAAAUAUGAAUAACCAGGGAUAUAAUGUGGGCUCACAGGCUCUUGCUUUAGCAUCAAUGGAUUAUGAAUUUCCUGCAGAGUUUUCAAAGGAGGCAACUGUAAAUAGCUGUAGUGGAGAUCUAGUCAAUGAUACGAAACCAGUAAAUAGUAUGGUUCUAUCCAACUUCAUUGAUGCACAGAUUUGUCACUCCGUUGCAUCUAGAAACCAAACAUCCAUACAAAGGAGACCUUUAAAUGGUAAAGGUGAUGUUAUCCACCACCCUAUGGAAGACCAGAAAAGCAUCUUCACCGGGACAGGAGGAGGUGGGAGAACAUCCGAAGAUGGAUACAGUUGGAGAAAGUAUGGACAGAAGCAAGUGAAAGGUAGUGAAUAUCCAAGAAGCUACUACAAGUGCACCAACCCGAGUUGUCAGGUGAAGAAAAAGAUAGAGCGUUCACUUGAUGGCCAAAUAACUGAGAUAAUCUACAAAAAUGCUCAUAAUCAUCCCAAACCUAAUCAAGUCCGCCGGGGAGGGCAGCUUGAAUCAUCCCCCACCGCUGAUGACAUGCCAGCGAUUGAUGAAGGCAAUGGAGGAAACUGUGUUAAGAUUGAAAGAGGAUCUCUCCUUGUAAAUAAUGCAGAAUUAGGUAAAAAAGAUAAUAGUGAACCCGAUAAUGAAUGGAGGGCGGCUGGUGGUCUGGAAAGAACAUCUUCUACAUCUGUUGUGACUGAGCUUUCUGAUCUUCUAUCAACAAACCAAGGGAAAUCUGUGGUGACAUUUGAAUCUGUUGAAACACCAGAGCUUUCUUCUGCAGUUGCCAGUCAUGAGGAAGAUGAUGAUGAUGGGAUAACUCAGGGAAGCAUAUCAGUCAGUGAGGAAGAGUCUGAUUCCAAAAGGAGAAAGAUAGAGAGCUGCUUGGGUGAGUCAAAUAUGACAUCCAGGGCUGUCAGAGAGCCAAGAGUUGUCGUCCAAAUCGAGAGUGAGGUAGACAUCCUGGAUGAUGGAUAUCGCUGGAGGAAGUAUGGUCAAAAAGUUGUCAAAGGCAAUCCAAACCCCAGGAGUUACUACAAAUGCACAAGCCUUGGGUGUUCAGUGAGGAAGCAUGUGGAGAGGGCUUCCCACAAUCUGAAAUACGUUAUCACCACAUACGAAGGCAAGCACAAUCACGAGGUGCCGGCAGCAAGAAACAGCAGUAGUUCAAACUCAAAUGGCAACUGUUUGUCCCAAGCUUCUGGCAACGCACAACCUGGAUUGACGCUACCUAGAGGUGGAGCCUCAGGUCCGAAACAAGAAACGCAGAUGCAUGAUUUUGUGCCUGGUUUUGAUCGAAGAUCGCUGUUUAAUAACAACGGUGAUUACCUGAGAGGUGGUUUCUCCGGGAACUUCCAUAGUGAGAUGAAGCUGGAGGGACCCCCAAUGUAUCCAAUGAAGUUCCCCACCAUCCAGAGCAGUAUCCCUCAUGGCUCCUACAGUUUCAACUCCGCACGGACACCGAUGCAUCUCCCGGGUUCCAUGGGGUCAUUUGUUCCGCAGUUCCCAUUGUCACUGUCCUCGAGUCUGCACACAUUGGGUGGUGUUGACUUGUCAAAUCAUGUGCCACAAGGUAUGCCUCAAGUUGUGCAGCCUUUCAUCUCAGGUCAGCAGAUGAUCAGGCCUAAACAAGAGCUGAAGGAUGAUAAUUUGUAUGAUGUUGGCGCCGCCACAUCCUCCAUUGUCAGUCAAGUAAAUGCAUCUCAACCCCAGGUCUAUCAACGCAUUAUGGGGAAUUUUCCAUCUUAGACGAUGAUGUGCUAUGCAUCUAAGCUUAGGUUAGGAGUAGGAGAAAGAGAAAGUAAAAAGAAAGGGUAAAGAUAAGAAAGAAUACAGAGAACAGGGAGUCUCUUCCGUUUUGCACUGCGAAAUCGCAGUAGGUUUUUGUUUGUGACUUGGGUUUUCCUAUCUUGGGUACCUGUAGAAAGGUAGGUUUUAAGAAUUUAUAGAAGAAAGAAAAUAGAGGAAAGAGAGGAUAAAGAAGAAGAAGAAGAAGAAGAAAGAAUGAUAGGUAGCAGUGUUUUUGUUCUUAUCAAAUGUAUUCGGUUAGUUUCAUAUUUAUCAGCAAUCGAAUGAG